AUGAACCUGAUCCAGAAGGGAUUGAACUACGAUUCUGAAGAAAAACGGUGGACAGCCUCAUAUCCAUGGAUAAGGGAUCCAGGUGUACUACCCAACAAUUUCGUCGCAGCGAAGGCAAGAAUGGUGUCUACAGAACGAAGGCUGCUUAGGAUUGGAGCAGACUAUGCCAAGUUAUAUCACGACCAGAUAAGAGAUAUGGUAAAGAGGAAAGUUGCUCGUAAACUGUCAGAGAGGGAAAUCGAUGAAUACGAUGGUCCAGUACAUUACUUGCCACAUCACGAGGUGUUGAAACCUGAUUCAAGGUCGACUCCUCUCCGAAUAGUCUUCAACUCAUCAGCCUCAUUUAUGGGCCACUCUCUCAACGACUACUGGGCCAAGGGUCCCAACAUAGUUAACGAUCUUAUGUCUGUGCUCAUAAGGUUCCGUGAAGGACAGGUUGGCAUGGCCGGAGACAUAUCGAAAAUGUAUAAUUCUGUGAAAAUGAGUGAAUCUGAUCAACAUACUCACAGGUUCUUGUGGCGGGACAUGGAUCAAGGGAAAGAGCCUGACCACUACGUUAUGGAAGCCGUGACGUUUGGAGAUCGACCAAGUGGGGCUAUUGCAUCUAUGGCACUACUGAAAACGGCAGAACUGGCUAAGGAAUUGUAUCCGGAAGUCACACAAAUCAUUAAGGAAAACAGCUACGUGGAUGACAUUUUGUGUUCGACGGACAGUACCUCAGCAGCCAAAAACUUGUCUGAAGACAUUGAUGUUGUAUUGGAAAAGGGAGGAUUUAAGGUGAAGCACUGGACAUUAUCUGGAAUGUCCACAGCGCUAGGCAACAAUGUGAAUACUCAGGAGAAGGUUCUUGGGAUGAUAUGGGAUCCGAAGAUGGAUACCUUUAAAUACAAAGCUAGACUCAACUUUUCUCCAAAGGUCAAAAAAAUCCACCAAGAGCAAAAUCUUUCUGAAGGAGAUAUUCCAAAUCAAAUUCCGCAGCGUUUGACUCACCGAAUGGUUUUAAGCCAAGUAUCAAGCAUAUUCGAUCCUCUAGGACUGAUAACACCAUUCAUAUUAUGCGCCAAACUCCUCAUGAGAGCGUUAUGCAAAAGAGAUACGGUCGGGGAGACAGGAGGACGUCAGACUUGGGAUUCCGCUAUGGACGAGGACAUGCGGAAGGAGUGGAUCAAAUUCUUUUCCGACUUAUUUGUGGUUGAAACACUCGAAUUCCCUCGAUGUAUCAAACCAGAUUGUGUCAAGGGUAACCCUAUCCUGAUUGUUUUUUCGGAUGGCAGCAAGGAAGCAUUUGGCGCAUGUGCAUAUAUCAGAUGGGAGACCAGAAACGAGAUAGUGAGUACAAACCUCAUUGCAGCAAAAAAUAGGAUCGCACCUACUCGGCAAUUGUCGAUACCUCGUCUAGAACUGUGUGGUGCUGUGAUAGGGGUUCGCUUGAGGGAGAAACUUUUGAAUGGAUCGAAACUCCGAUUUGAGCGCGUGUUUCACAUUGUAGAUUCUAUGAUUGUACAAGCUCAAAUACAAAAGGAGAGCUAUGGAUUCGGCACUUUCACCGCUACCAGGGUAGCGGAGAUACAAUCCAAGUCCAGUCCAGACGAAUGGUGGUGGGUAUCUGGAAAUGACAACCCUGCUGACCUCACCACCAGGGUCACGGCUCCUAAGAAUCUGGAUAUGGAAUCUGUUUGGCAGACAGGCCCAGCAUUUUUGAAAAUGCCUCUUGAAGAAUGGCCUAUUAGUCGUACAUUUAACCUGGAGGGAGAACCUUUACCGGACAUAAUCGGACAUGUGGCGGUUGGAGACAUUUCGAUUGUCGGUGAUGCAUGUCGAUCUGAACAAACCUCGUUAGAGGACGUGAACCUGGAAUGUUUCAAAGAAACGCGUACGUUAUUUCGCGUUACCGCCUUGUUGAUGCGAAUUGUCAAAAGGGGGACAUUGCGACAAAAUGCUAAGAUUAUCUCAAGUUGUGAGAUUAAUGAAGCUGAACGGAUGUGGAUCAAAUAUACGCAAAACGAUAUGCGUCCAGACUGGAAAAUGGCCUAUCAACGUCUCGGCGUUAUCCGCAAUCCUGAUGGUUUCAUCGUCGUUGGGUCAAGGUUGUCUGAGUGGAUGAAGGCUUCCUGGAAUCAAACCGAAUUCAUCCUCCUUCCUCCAAAGGCCAAGUUUACAGAGCUGGUCAUGAAAUCAUGCCACAACGAAGAUCAUACUGGGGUAGAGGCCACACUUGCUAAACUGAGAAGCAAAUAUUGGGUACCAGGAGCGAGGAAAUUCCUUAAAAUGAUCAAGAGGCAAUGUGUGACCUGCAGGAGAAAGGAGAAGAUCUGUCAUACUCAAGCCAUGAGGUCCCUGCCAUUGGAUAGACUGAGACCAUCACCGGCAUUCUCCUUCACUGCGGUCGACCUGUUCGGACUGUUCACAAUUAGGGAUACUGUAAAAAAGAGAACUCAUGGCAAGGCAUACGGUGUGAUUUUCACUUGCCUUGCAUCCAGAGGAGUGUAUUUGGAUCUCGCGGAUAGUUACAGCACGGAUGGCUUCAUGAUGGUACUUCGUAGAUUUGUGUCUUUGCGUGGUUAUCCCAAGAAGCUCAGAUCCGAUUGUGGAACUCAACUUGUUGCUGCUAGCAAAGUACUUUCAGAGAUCGACCUUAACUGGCAGCAGAUUGAAUUGUUCGGCGUGAACCACGGACUGGAAUGGGAGUUCAACAAAUCCGCCGACUCGCCCUGGGAGAAUGGAUGCUGUGAAUCUCUUAUCAAGUCGGUGAAAAAAUGCCUCGCCUCCGCGAUUGGCGACAGUGUCAUGUCCUUCACCGAGCUUCAAACAGUUUUGUUUGAAGCAGCCAACUCUCUCAAUGAGCGCCCUAUUGGAAAGAAGAACAGCGAUCCUAAUGAAGGCUCAUACCUCUGCCCUAAUGAUCUGCUUCUUGGUCGUGCUUCCAUCAGAGUUCCACCAGGAACUUGGUCGACGAAGGAAAGCUUCAAAGUUCGGUGGAAAUUCGUCCAGCAAGUGGUGGAUGUUUUUUGGAAAAGGUGGAUCAGAGACUUCUUUCCUACGCUCAUUAUACGCCAGAAAUGGCACACAUCCAAGAGGAACUUACUCGUAGGUGACAUUGUUCUCGUGCAAGACAGCAAUGCUGUCAGAGGUCAGUGGAAACUUGCACAGGUGUGCGAGGCAACUCCCGGGAAAGACGGGAAAGUCAGGGAUGUCGAACUUCGGUACAAAUCCCAAGAUCCUGGAAAGGGGUACUGUGGUACUACGGACAGCAUCAUUCGCCGUUCUGUGCAUAGACUGGUACUUAUCCUUCCGGUUGAAGAACAAUCAUAA